AUGUGCCACACCUCCUCCUCCACAGGCUGCCAGUUGGCCUGCUGCCCACCACCAUGCUGUGUCCCCACAGCCUGCUGCUCACCCUUGGGCUGUGGGAGCUCCUGCUGCCACUCAGUGACCUGCAUGACUCUGCUGUGCCACCCUGUGUGGGCCAUGGCUGGCUCCUGUCACUCAGCCUGCUGUGUGCUCAGCCCCUGCCAGGUGACCUGCUGUGUGCCCGUGAGCUGCAAGCCUGUGUGUGUGGUCCCCUCCUGCCAGUACUACUGCUGCCAGCCCUGCUCCACCCUUAUCUGCAGACCCAUCUCCUGUAGCGCCUCCACCUGCUUCUGA